UGGGUCGAACCUGCAAAGAAGCCCGCAGCCGCGCAGGCUAUAUAUUUCUCGCAGGUACGGCAGCGCACAGCUGAACCAAAAACAGAGGCCGAGACAGGCGACCUGGUUCCUCACAGCCAGGCGCAGCCAGAGCAAGAUGCAAAUGAGCAGUCGGAGACAGGCAUGCGUAUUGCCAACAUCCUGAAACUGCUCCUGUUUGGGUGGUUCUUGCGCUGGUUCCUAAGAUAUUUCGAGGUGGAUCGCAGUCUGCGCGGAGAGCCAGAGACACCGCAGAUUUCGAUGACCUGGAUGUACCUGGCGGCAGUGGCAGUACUGCCAUUUGCUGGCGUCUACGUAUUUGCAUCAAUCUGGAAACGGCGAAUCCUGGGAGAGUCCCUGGACCUACAGAAUUGGCAGGCUGGCGCCAACUCCCUGGUGCACAUUGCCACGACUGGAUUGCUGCUCGCGUGGGUGUUUGCGGUCAUUGGGCUGUUCCCGGGCUACGGGUUCAAGUCACUGCUUAUCACCGCGGUUACAACUGUGUGCAGCGUUGCCUUGGCGGACGCAGUAGAGGGAAUAUUCUAAAAAAUAAAGACGCUAUAUGUGGA